AUGAAGAGUAUUCUCGUUUUCCUCCUACUCACCUCCCUCCUGCACCAAGGAACAACCCUAGGUGUUGUUGUAUCAUCCUCCUCCAACCUCCAGAAAAGAGCCAGGCAACCCCUAAGAGCGAAGCACAACCGCACCUCCCACCCUCUCCAAGAGAUUCCACACUCCUCCUUCUCCCUCAGCCGCCUCAAGCUCACCUCCAACACUCAAUCAACAUAUAGCAGCACAAACUGGGCGGGCGCAGUGUUAAAAACCCCGCCUUCCCCAAAUGCAACCUACACUUACGUCUCAGCCACCGUCACAGUCCCAACACCAACUCCUACCUCCUCAACUCCCACCACCUAUCAAGCAGCCUCCGCAUGGGUCGGCAUCGAUGGGGCAACAUAUACGACAGCGAUCCUACAGACAGGAGUGGACUUCUAUAUCAUUGACGGAGAACCCUACACGGACGCAUGGUACGAAUGGUACCCGAACUUUGCGCUGUAUUACGACGAGUUCGCGGUGAAUCCGGGCGACGUACUUGUUGCGUCGGUGAACAUGACGGCGCCGGACCGGGGAGUGUGCAUGAUUGAGAAUGUAAGUACGGGAGAAACUGCGUCGAAGACGGUGACAGCGCCGAAGAGUACUGCGACGAUAGUGGGACAGAAUGCGGAGUGGGUGGUGGAGGAUUUUGCGUCCGGGGAGGAUCAGGUGCCGUUUGUGGGGUUCGGGGAGGUCAAGUUUGAAGGGUGUGAGGCUGUGGCUGAUGGAAUAGGAUAUCAACUGGAGGAGGCAACGUUUUAUCAGCUGGUAGACGCUGGAGGGAGUGUUAUUGCUCGAGUUGAGGCUGUGGAUGAUGAGUCGACAGUCAUCGUGGAGAGAGUGGUCUAG